AUGUACAAUGGGAGUUUGUUUGAUACCUUAGUGUUCCCCAAAGAACUGGGAAGCAGGGUCAUUGGACGGAGAGGGCAGACGACCAUCAGGAGCAGCCCAUUCGACAAUAUCACUGCAGCUCGAUCGAGCUUGUGGCUCCUCCUCAUCAUCUUCAAAGCGAGUGUGGCUCCCUUGGCCUUGGUGGAAUCUGGCUCGCUCAAACUGGUUGUAUGCAGUCCAUUUGGUCUGAUAGAAGUCCUAGUGAGGCACUGGAUCAUACUCAAAGCCCGAAUUUCUCUAAACAUAAGAGGUUUAUGA